AUGCGUCGGUUUCCUCAACAUGAAAAUGUUGGACUUGCCAGCGAUCUUGAAGUGAGGUGUGCUGUGAAUGAACGUUUAGUGGACAAUCUCGACGAAAGCCGAGCAGACUAUAUCAGCACUCAUCAACUUUCCGAAUAUAGCGUCGGUGAUGUCGUCGGCCCGCUAUUCGAUCGCUACGAACCUAGAAUUCUCUUGGUCUGCGGGUCGCUUGGCAGCUUUACAUCUUAUAUCCUGCUAGCACAAUGCUCUGAGUAUUGGCAUUUCAUGCUAUGUCUUGGGGUCCUUGGUGGCGUAUCUGCCGCAAUUAUCACUACCGUAUCGAUCGCAGUUCUGAGCCACUGCAUCUGCAUGGGCGGAUCGUCGGCCGGCGCGAUCCGAGCGAUCGCAUUUAUAGCACUGGGGUGCUACACGUUCGGCUUCGCACUCGUCAAAGGCCGGCUGCCCGCCAGUACCCAGAGCCGAACGACGAUCGACCCACGCGCGUUCAAAUCGCCCGGUUUAUGUUUCCAGGCUGUCGGCGUUUUCUCCUUCGAGUCCAUCUUCUUCCGCUGUGCCGCACUCCUCCCGAUAUAUAUCUGUUACGCGGGGCUCUCGCUCGACGCCCAGUUCUAUUCCCUCACGGUCCUGAACGCCAUGAGCUUCCUCGGGAGAGUCCUCCCCGGCUUCGCUGCCGACCUCGUCGGUCGAUUCAAUAUGCUCCUGUCAUUGGUCAUCAUGACCCUCAUUGCGAUGGCUGCCGUGUGGUUACCGUUCCGGUCUCGCGACGACGCCACACUGUACGCGGUGGUGGCUAUCUUCGGGUUCGGUUCGGGCGGGUGGCUCUCGCUGGCGCCGGUGUGUACAGGCCAGCUAUGCAAGAGGGAAGAAUACGGGCGAUUCUACGGAACUAUCUAUUGUGUUGCUGCGUUCGGGGUCUUGCUUGCUGUUCCGGCUGGGGGAGAAUUAAUCCAGUCGACUACGCCGCAGGUGCUUGUGGGGGUUUAUUCGGCGGUUUUGUUGACGGGACUGGUGAGCAUUGCGUUAUCCCGAUGGGCUCUUCUGGAUUGGAAGUGGAGAUGGAACGUUAAAGUGUAGGUGGGCUGGAUUGAUGGAUUGGUAGAUUAUCCUGGUAUGGUUGCGUAUCACUUA